CUGUACGAGACGGUAGAGCCGCUGUUGAGAAGUCUAUCCACGUCUUCAGCUGGGAGAAGUUCCGCCUUAAUCGCUCUGGAAGGUUCUUCGGAGUGUGAUUUCUUGGAAACUUGUGCCUAAUUGCCUAGGUCAACUGAGUGCUAUGAGUGAUUGCGGUUUCCCCACGUUAGAACAUGUCUGCAGAAGAAACAAAGUAUCAAGCUAACUCUGGCAGUUGUUUGAGUGAGAAUGGGAGGACCAAUCUUGGCUUUGGUGUUCCUCUGAGAACAGGCGAUCAUGGCAAUAUUUCAGACCCCUACAAUCAUGGUAGAAACCAGCCAACAGAUUGGCCAAAACAUGCACAUGAUGUGAUGGAAGAUUUCCUUACCAGAUGUCCAGGGGCCCAUGGUCAAAAUGACCUGGUGUCGAGCAGAGGUCAUGCUACUGCAGAGCAAUGUGAUCCUUCAGUGAAGAAUGACAGACCUCCACUGAGUGACACAGAGGAAGAAGAAAACUGUGAACCAGAAAAACCCACAAAAAAUCCAGAACAGUUUCUUAGGUAUGUUUUUCACCUUUAUGUGGACGAAACAGUUGAGUCAGUCAAGAUUCUCACGGAGAAGCAAAUGUUAAAUGGUCGUGUGACACUAAACCUUGAGUGUUGUCCCGAGAGCACAAAUCACUGGAUGUCCCCACCAUUAUUCAUACACGCUUAUGAUGAAGAAACCUUUCGUUAUCGGUAUGUGGUAAAAUACAAAGAAGGACUAUCAUGGUCGUGGUUUGUUAAAAAGUUUACUGGCGGAAAAGAUGACAAAACUGUAAAAGAGACAUCUUCUCGAAAAUUGAAUUACGGAAUGCAUCAGUAUGACAUUUUUCAUAUCCCAAAUGAGCGCAACCAGAUGAAAAAGAUCUUCCUCGGACAAAUGUUCUUUGUCGAGCAGUUGUAUGACGCCCUAGGUAAAGGUGGUGAUCUUAAGGAGAUGCUCAUUGAGUGUGAACACUUGGGCUUUGGUCACCCAAGCUAUGCAGAGGCAGACGUGAAGUCCUUUAUUCAUUGGGUUAGUGAAAUACUAAACCAAACCUCCACUACUCCCUUUCAAAGGGUGUACAUAUGUGCUCUUCUUGGUCAGUUUGUCAAUCGCGUGCAUUCCUGGUCAGCUUGGAGAACGUGUGACCUGCUAGGAAAGAAGGCUGCUGAUCAGCUUCUGUCGUCCUUCGGGUGUUGCUCCCACAAGGCACUGCCUCAGAGCAGUAUUAAGUUCAUCAAGGUUGUCGCAGAAGAUCUUUUUAGAGCUGGCUCUUCUACAGGAAGUCUGAUGUUCAUCAAAGUCUUCUGUAGUCUUCUGGAUGUGAACUAUGUNACGCGAAAAUACAACUUUCAACGUUUUGGCCGUUUAUAA